AGCGCCUCCUCCACGUGUGAACGGAGUGUAGUCCCUGAACCUGGAAGUUCGGCUGCCUCUGCUCAGUGACUUGCGGAGAGUCCAGCACUGAGUCCUGUCUGGAUGCCAUCCAAUGAAUAAAAUCAUGUCUACGGCAAAAGAAAAGAAAUAUGCAAAACGGAUGCGAAAUCAGCCCUCUAAUGUGAGCCUAGAUCAGAGUGAUGGAGCUCCCCCCCACCAUGGAGGACGCGGCUCCUUUCAACCAUACAGUGGCGCUAGCCCUGGCUCCUCUGGGCAGCAGCAUAGGGGUGCCCACCAGUCACAUUUCCACUCUAGGGGUGGUAGAGGAAGGGGAGCACCCAGCGAGUCUCAGCAAAUUCCAAAAUAUGUGACGGCAUCAAUGUUUGCACAGGCCCGAGCUGCAGAAAUAAACGCCAUGGUGAAGGCCGUCUCUCAGAAAUCUUCCAACUCCCUGGUGUUUCAGUCUUUACCCAGACACAUGCGCAGACGAGCCAUGGGGCACAACAUUAAGCGCUUGCCUAGAAGAUUACGUGAAAUUGCUAAAAAAGAGAUGGAGAAAACCAUGCACCAGAAGAAAGAACAGUCCAAAAGCAAAUGUCGGAAGGCACGGAGACGCCACGGGAAUCUUCAGCUAGAGUUUAACCGAAGGCAGAGGAAGAACAUCUGGCUGGAGACCCACAUAUGGCAUGCUAAGCGUUUCCACAUGCUGAAGAAAUGGGGGUACUGCUUGGCACACCGACCUACGAUGAAGAGCUACAGAGCAUGUUACCGGGCCAUGUCUAGUCAUUGUCUUCUUCAGGACCUGACUUACUACUGUUGUGUGGAGCUAUUGGGAAAAGAAGAAGAUCUCUUGUUGGCACUGUCAAGGCUUUGCAGUGUAGAUGCAGGUCCAACAUUUAUGGCCGCCCCAUGUAUAUCUGGGAAGCGACAGGGCUCCCUAGUUCUCUACAGAGCUGAUAAAUACCCAGGGGAGGCGCUAGGUCACAUCACCUUCAUAUGGAAGCCCCGAAGUGUUUCAGGAAUGGCAUGUGAUGAGAGACAGCUUUGGAUAUGGAUGCACCCAGCCCUCAAAGAGGAUGUCUUAAAGGAGCUCAGGCUUGUGUGUGUAUGCGAAGACAGACCUGACAAUUUUGUAUGUAUCCCGGAACCAGCACCACCCCCGGUGAAGGAAGAGCCACCAGCAACUGCAACUAAAGCAGGGAAGAAGAGGAAAUUGCAGAAUAAAGAGGGAGAAAAGGCUGUUCCUGUCAAAAAGAUAAUUGGGGAUGGAACGAGAGCUACCCCCGACCCUUAUUACUGGACCUCAACACAGACUGGCAUUACUAUUCGUGACCUGACCAUGGAAAUUGUACGCUAUAGACUUGUUGGCCCAUUGUCUAACUGUGUGCUUGGUGAUGCUCUGCAUGUUGCCCCACUUCAUAAGGAAAGUGAAGAUUCAGGACCGCAUGGCUGGUGGGCAGGUUAUUGUGGAAAUCCAGAUAACCUUCUCCGACAUAGCAAUCAGGAAUCCUUGUUUAAGCUACUAAAAGGCUUGGAGUCUCCGGCACAGAUACCAUCUGGAACCGUUUUAGGCCUCACUGUUGGGGAUCCAAGACUGAACUUGCCUAAAAGGAGGACAAAAUCCUUUCCAAAUCUAGAAAACUAUGAAGAUAGAGAUAAAGUGAAUUCCUUAAUGUUGGCCGGAGUUCCCGUGGAGUGCAGUGAUGGUCUUAUCUGGUCGUCUGAUGUUCGAUCUCGUGUAACGGAUAAUAAAAUAUCUGAGCAGGAAAUUAACAGACUAAGAAGUGAGCUGCUUGUACCGGGUUCAAAGCUAGACCUUGGCAAUAAUGAAUCUAAAAUCCCAGUCCUGCUAAUCCAGCAGUCUGGUAAGGUCACUGGUAAAGAUCGCCCAGGGUGGGGGAGCGGAUGGGACAUUUGCCUGCCAAAAGGAUGGGGAAUGGCUUUCUGGAUUCCACUUAUUUACAGAGGUGUCCGGGUUGGAGGUCUACAGCAAGGACUGCAGCACUACCAGUAUAUGGGGGCUCCAAAUGUUCCUGGCGAGUUCCCCGACACCCCAGCUGGAGCUCAGUCUGCACAGGAGGCUAAGGCACAAUUGCUUGAAAAAUACACCAGGCGUCCACCCGCAAAGAGAACCAACUUUAUCAAACAUGGCGUUUUGGCCCCUUUCCGUUGCCCCUGGGAUCAGCUGACUAGAGAAUGGGAGAUGCGGCCUUCUAUGAUAGAUGACCCCGAAACCAAAGAAAAGACCUGUGAAUCACCAGAAGAAAUGAAAAUGGAGUUAUCUUCUGCAGUAAGCACUGAGGAGACUGUGCUGGAGGAAGACCACAAGGGUAGAAAAGACUUCUCUGUGCUGAGGAGUAAAAAGAUCCUGAAGAUACUUUCUGCACUUGUUUCACCAGAAAUCCGUGGAGGUAAAAGAGCAAAUGAUCAACCUCCGGAAUUGUCUAAUCAGGUUACCUCUGUUCUAGCAGACUAUCCAAGGUCAUUGGUUUGGGUCAGGCUGUCAAUGACAAAGGGCAACCCUGAGCUCCACUCCUUGAUUUGCAUUCCAACUGAACAGGACUUGCAUCACCUAAAACAAGACAAGUCAUUCCCUGGUCCCGUGGAGCCCAAACAUGGGGAUCCAUUUAAGAAUAAAGUAUUGAAACUUAAGAAGGACAAAAAGAAAGACAAGACAAAGAAGGUUUUGGAGAAGAACGAUGCGGCGGGGGAGGCCUCAUGUGGUGAUGAUCUGAUGCUCGGGCUCUGGCCUAGUCCUCUCCCGGAGCUCACGGGUCACUGCAGUAGAGUGCUUCUAGGUUAUGUAACCCAAGGAGAUUUCUCCAUGGCUAUGGGCUGUGGUGAGGCUUUAGGCUUUGUAAGUUUAACAGGACUGGCCCACAUGUUAUCUGGUCAACCGCAACACCAGACUGGACUGGUACUAAUUAGGAAUCUAACAUCCCUUCAGUACAGAUUUGCCAAAUUAACCAUUGAGGUAUAAAUUUCAACAGGAUCCAGGGAAAAUAUUCUAAUACGCUGAGGAUGUCUCUGUCGCCCACUCUGAGGUGUGCAAUAAUUCUGCACAUGCUUUAAGAAGUAUCAGCCUUAUGUAGAUGAUGAAUUCCUAAGUUAUUAACAGAUAUGAAUAAAUAUCUGCAAGGCCUUAUGCACAUGGUCGUAUUAACGGUCUGUAACAGGCCCUUACUGUACCUCCGUGUGCCUCCCAAUUUGUAUGAAGCUAUUUUCUGUUAGUCUGGGUGAAGGAGGCAGGAAAAUAAAUUGUGACAUUCUCCAUUGGACACAGUAGGGGUUAUUUAUCAAAUAUAAUGUUUUAUGCCGGUCUUUGAUAGCCCCUGCGCAGCUGGAGGAUGCCCCUAAUUUAUGAUGAGGCAUGCACAUAUGACCU